GAUCCAGUCUUCUCUUUCAUCCAUCGCCUUUAUCAAGCAUCAUCCAAGUUCAUGUAGCAGCUGCGCCACGAUGAGAGGCUGGUGUGGCGCGUGGCGCAGUACGUCAUGGCGACGAACGCCGUUGGGAGCUCAGCCCCACGCUCCGCACCUGAUAGCUCAGGCUUGAGGCUCCUUCGCCCGCUGUCUGGGCCUUGUUGGCUCAUGACGAACUGCGCAGCCUGUCCACGCUACCAACUUACAUACUUGGCCAGCCUUCUUCUGCCUGACGACCGAAGCUGCAGGCUGCAAAGUUUCCUGAACAAACCGACCAUCACCUUCUAUACAGUGGCGGCUUGCGUUUCUUUCCUGCGGAAUCGCCAAACGUCAUCUUGUUGUAGACUGUCCAGCCUCGCCUAACUCAGAUUAUCAUACGAACGACGACUGCGACCAGCGAGCGAGCUAUUGGCAUAAUGUUCCGUGCGGCGGCCACCUCGCCCUACGACGAUGUCGUUGCCAAGGCGACUGACGAGAAGUCGACGUCCGAGGACUGGGGCGCCAUCCUCGAGGUUUGCGACAAAGUCACCACCGAUACGAACGGCCCCAAGGAAGUCGUCCAGAGCAUGAUCAGGCGCCUUGCGCAUCGCAACGCCAAUGUGCAGCUCUACACACUUGAACUUGCUCACGCAUUAUGCCAAAACUGCGGCAAACCCGUCCACCGCGAGAUCUCCUCCCGCGCCUUCACCGACGCCCUCCUCAAGCUCGCAAACGACCGAAACACCCAUGCCCAGGUCAAGGGCAAGAUCUUGGAGAAGAUGAAGGACUGGAGUGACAUGUUCAGCAAAGACCAGGAGCUGGGCAUCAUGUACGACGCCUACUACCGCCUAAAGCAGAACAACCCCACCCUGCAACCGCCCAGCGCGCCUCAGAAGCAAGGACUCACGGCCACGGAUCGCCAGAAGGAGGAGGACGAGCUGCAGAUGGCGCUCAAGCUCAGCUUGCAAGAGGAGGAGAGGAAGAAGGCGCCAAGUGGGAGUGCACAGGCUGGCCCUAGUGGGCAGCAGCAGCAGCAAGGACAGCAGCAGGAUCCCACGCCGGCACCAGCGCCCCAAGGCACAACGGCAGCGACAGUCAGCAGGGUGCGUGCACUGUACGACUUUACACCUUCAGAGCCUGGCGAGUUGGAGUUCAAGAGGGGCGACGUCAUUGCCGUGCUGGAGAGCGUCUACAAGGAUUGGUGGCGUGGAUCGUUGAAGGGCAAGACGGGCAUUUUCCCUCUCAACUACGUCGAAAAGCUGACGGACCCGACGCCGGACGAGCUCCAACGCGAGGCGCAGAUGGAGGCUGAGGUGUUUGCCGAGAUCAAGAAUGUGGAAAAGCUCCUGACGCUGUUGAGCACGUCAAACUCGGCGCCUCGAGAGGAGGACAACGAGGAGAUCUCUCUGUACCACCAGACAUUAGCUAUCCGGCCAAAGCUGAUCAAGCUGAUUGAGAAAUACUCACAAAAGAAGGACGACUUUACGCAGCUCAACGAGAAAUUUAUCAAGGCGCGUCGCGACUACGAAGCCCUCCUGGAGUCGUCCAUGAGCCACCCACCUCAGCACAGCUAUCAACAAUAUCCUGCAUGGCCAGGAGCCCCGGGCCAGGGCUAUCCCCAAGCUCCUGGGGGUCAUCCUCAGCCGCAGGGCCAUGGACCACCUCCCGGACACGGACAGCACGAUCCCCAAAGAUUCUACACCCCUGGACCGAGCGGACCCUCAGGGCCUCACCAAGCAGCAUCGCCGCCACCGCCCAAUUUCCCUCAGCAAGGCACUCCAGCCCCCUUCUACGUCGCUGGGUCUGAAGUCCCCUCGUCGCAUGGCCAAAGACCCCCAGCCGGUCAGCAAUACCCUCCUCACGACGACCCUAGCCACCAGCCUCCCAGCGGACACCAGCACGCUGCUUCUCACAACACCUCGUCGCCUCCACCUCCCCAGCAGUACAACGCCUACGGUCAGCCUCCUGGCCCACAGUCCCCCGGCUUCCCCCAACAGCAAGGACGACCGCAGAGUACCUAUGGCGCCCAAGAACUGGCUACCUCAGUGUACGACUCUCCCAUUGCCCCUCCCAACAACCUCCAGCCCACCAAAUCUUGGACCAACUCCGCCUACGCGCCGGACGACGACCAGAACCAGAAACCUAGCGCGCCGCCGCCUCAACAAGGUGGCUACGCUCCCCAGUACCAGCCGUACAACGCCGCGCCCCCAGACCAUCCGCCACCACCGGCUCCCGAGGGCAUGGCUCCUCCGCCCCUUCAGCCCGGGGGCGCUGCGUACGACGCGAGACAGAGCUUCUCUGGCCAGCCGGCAGGGCAGGCGCCAGCACAGCAAUACAAGCCGUACGUGCCACCUGGAGGAGGACCGGACAUGGAUGCGCCCAGUGCGCCGGCACCGAAUGACUACUAUCGCAGCGGUGUGUAUUAGUUAUUCUUUUUGACUAGUCCUCUUUGACUAGCAAGUAUAUGAUCAUGAUCAAUAUCUUUCAUGCUUAUGUUCAUAGCAUGCUGUUGUUGUU